UACAUCGCACCUAGGUCUAGAAUAUCGGGCCUCGAUUUCGAGGCCGAGACAAGACCUGAUCCGACCAGAACCCAUUCUAUAUAAUAUCCUCCACAGAUCGUCUCAACAACUCACACAAGGCCUCCGCUAAACCCCAGAGACCAAAUCAAUUCCUGCAUUGAUCAUAUUCUCCAGAUAAAAUACCCACAGGAACUCCAGGAAACUUAAGUCUGACCUGUACACAAUCAAUAUAAUAAAAUAAAAAAAUCACCAGAAACUCAAUAUUACCUGAGUAACUCCACCUCCAUCACCUCUACCAUACUCUCACCAUGCGUUCCUCAAGCCUCCUCGCCAUCACCUUCGCCCUCUACGGCGCCGUCCUCGCGGCCCCUCCGGCGACAUCGCCCACCACCACACAGGCCCCGGCACCGAACGCGGUAGAGUCUGCGCACGCCGGCAACACGCCCGACUGUACCUCGAUCGAGCAUUACUGCAAGACCUGCAGUUCAGACGACUUCAACUGCGAGACCGACCCGAACUGCGAGUGGUGCCGCGCCCACAGCGCCUGGUACACCUCCAGCAGCACGAGCUCAACCUCGCCCUCGUCCUCGUCUCCGACGACAAUGACAACCACAACCUCCACGUCAGCGAGUUCGUCCGGCAAAUAAGCUGCUUGCAAAUAUCUCGGCCCUUAAUGCAACGAGAGGAGCAUAUGACAGUCGGAAAGACAGCUUGAGAAAAUACGGGAUGGAAAGCGUUUCUCUACUUACCACUUGCAAUUUUGGACGGGGUGU